GAGGACGCUGUGGUACAUUGGCAAGGUGAGCGAGGGCGGGAGGGGCUUGGCUGGGUCUAGUCAGGAGAGCCGCGACUUUGAGGUUCAGUGCAGCCCUAUUCAUCCCCGAAGGAUCAUCAGAAUGCAGACUCCAGUAGCUCUCCUGGCUUCGCCAGCUCUGUUCCGCUGCUGUUCUCGAGCUCUAACCAGGCCAGCUUCCUUGUCUAUAUUGAGCAGGCCAGAGACUCAGACUCUGCAGCCUUUUGGAGUUUUGAAUCGUCAGCUGGCUCAUCGGGAAUUCCAAACCAGUGCUGUCUCCCGUGAUAUUGAUACUGCUGCUAAAUUCAUCGGUGCUGGUGCUGCUACUGUGGGGGUAGCUGGUUCAGGAGCUGGGAUUGGGACAGUGUUUGGUAGUUUAAUCAUUGGUUAUGCCAGGAACCCAUCCCUCAAGCAGCAGCUGUUUUCUUACGCUAUCCUGGGUUUUGCCCUCUCAGAGGCCAUGGGGCUCUUCUGUUUGAUGGUGGCAUUUCUCAUUUUGUUUGCCAUGUGAAAGCCUUGGAGCUACGCUGCAGCUGCUGUCUGUCUGUGUCCUCUCCAGUUUGAGCCUGCCUCCCUUGCCAGGGUGUUAACAGAUUUAAACAAACUUUCUCUAAAUAAAUAAGAUUCAAGUUU